AUGGCAGUCCGGUCAAAGGGUGUCAAUGCGGCACAUACAGCUGGGAUCUUUGCCGACAUGACGCUUGAUGGGCCUGAGAUUGGCACGCUGGUCGCUGUCGUUGACAGAGCGAAGAACCUUCCCAACCGAAAAACGAUGGGCAAACAGGACCCUUACUGUGCUAUGAGAUUGGGCAAAGACGCCAAAAAGACGGACACAGACAAAAGAGGUGGCCAAACACCGAGAUGGGACCAAGAGCUGCGCUUUACCGUCCACGACUCGCCUGACUACUACAAGUUGAAGUGCUCCGUGUUCAACGACGACAAGAAGACCGAUCUCAUCAGCGAGGCUUGGAUCGAUCUGCAAGAUGUCAUCGUUCCUGGCGGUGGUCAGAGCGAUCAAUGGCGGCAGCUGAACUUCAAGGGAAAAUAUGCUGGAGACAUCCGGAUCGAGCUGACAUAUUACGACACAAGACCGAAGCCAGACGUGCCGGUGGAAUCGAGGAAACCGAGAGACAAGUCCAACUCGAUUGCCAGUGACGCCGCAAGCACCGCUUCUGGGCCGCGUCAACUUGGACCUCGAGAGAUCAAGAGACGCCCUCUCCCACCGGGCCCCGGGGGCUCCUCAUCGCCAGUUUCGGCUGCCCUCACAGCAUCUGAGCGAUGGCCAGCAGAAGAACAGCUUGAGUCGCACGGAAAGCACGGAUACACCAACUCAAAUCCUCCACCUCGUCCACCGAAGCAGAAGUUUGUUCCCGAGACUCCCGACGAUGUAGGAUAUGACCUAAACCCUCAAUUCGGGCCGGACUCGUAUGAGCCGCAAUACGAGUCCAGCCAUUCAUAUCAUGAACGACUCACUUCCAGCGACUUUCAGAAUCUCGAACCAUCAAAUGGCCCUUAUUCUGAAGCAGAACCAUUCCCUGAAGAUGCUUACCAGAGGAGGCAACUUCCAGCGCAACCCGUACAACCACGAUCUGUCUCAGAGCUGCCUCCACCGGAGCAACCCUUCCAACCAUCUUCACAGCCGCCAUACGACGUAACAAAUCGCUCCUCAUAUCGCUCCCCGCCGGUGACACCUCCAGCGGCAGCUGCGCAAAACCAGCAAUGGAACGGCAGGCCGAGCGCAUCUCCCACAAAAUAUGCUGCUUACAGAGACAGUCCGCUCCGUCAGUCAGUCAGUCAGGCCGAUAUGCUGCCAACUGUGCCUAAUUAUCCCGACCAGCGAUUCGAUGAAGACGAGCCUCCCCCACCACCUCCAGCUCAUAGGGGUCAAAUAUCGCGGACAGCGAAGCUGCCCUCAGCGCAGUACGAAGAUUCUCACGAUCAAACUGCCCUGCCCGCUCCGAUAGCUGCGCCUUAUCGAGAUCCCUAUGGACAGCAGUCCCCGCGGACGCCUGUGAAAUUCCAGAGUGUGGAGGACAGAAGCCCGCUGCAGAGGCUUGAGCACGGGUAUGAUCAGUCCCAAGCGACGACUCCUCCCGCGCAGGAAAUUCAACACCAAAUGCCAGCAUUUGAGCCCUACGAGCCGAAUCAACUCGCCGACAAUGAUCGAUAUCCCCCUUUUGCUACCGAGAAGCGAAAAUCGAACAAUUACAACCUCGACCAACUUCGACCAACUGCUUCUGCUAAUGACACUGCACCUUUAGAGCAGCUGCCAGACCACAAUCUCAUCCAGCGGCAGUACCAAGAAAAUCCUCGGGCCGAUGUCAGACAUUCCAUGGGCUAUGCAGCACCGCGUAGAGCGCAGACAUUCGACAACUUCGAGCUACAGGAUGGAAGACACGCGCGCAAAUCUGAUCUCGUUAUCGUGCGACCUCGGCCUAUCAGUCCCAAUCCUAGUCACACUAUUCCACGGAAAUCCAUCACACCGACGCCUGGUGACCGUCGCAGCAUGGACACUGUUCCAUAUGGUCCAGACUCCUAUGAUAGUUUCAAUCCCGGAACUAGUCCUACUGUCAACAAUGGUGGGUAUUCAGCGUCAGAAGACGCACUAGAGGCAUCUCGGCAAAAAGAUAUCGACAAGCUGCAAGAUCAGGGUCCAAUCAUUGGCAACGAUGGUCGGGUCAUCGACCCAUCGGAUCAUCUUCCGGCGGAUACUUGGGCGCCGGAGCCUGAGAGGAAGCAACGCAGACCAGAGCAUGUCAUCAAAAUCCGUACCAGGGAGGAAGCCAGGUUACACAGAGGCUCGGGCUCGUCGCCUUCUUCCGCGAGGCCGCAUUCGAUCGCAACUUCGCCAUUCCCGCCGUCUCCUCAUGGCCCGGCAUCGUCACCGUAUCAUUCGUCUCCGCCCGCAGCUCUGAGUUCACCACAGGUGGAAUCACCUAGUGGUCGCAACAGGCUGAGAAAACCGAUACCUCAGCGCCCGCUCCCGACGGAACCAUACACGCAUCCUCAGUCCAGCCCCGCUGUGCCAACCUUGCCUUCAGUGGACACCCGACCAAGUCCAUCGAGCCAUCGAUAUACCAUUCAUUCCUCUCCAGCGGGCGGACUACCUCCGCGGCCUCCCAUUUCGGACUAUCAGGUCCCUGCAGCAAACAACCAUAGCCCUCAUGGUGGCAGCGGUAGCGGCCCGCGACGUUCCUUCGAAUACCGACCAGAUUAUACACAGCAAACACCCACAAAAAUGCCAUACAGUAAUAGGCAGCAGCCAGAGAUGAUGGGCUAUGGUGGAAGACCGCCAUAUGGCGAAGACAAUCCAUUGGCGCUUGAGCUGAGUCGGAUUGACAUUGGGCCUUCAAUGAGCAGGACAACAUUGAGACCCCAAAAGGCUUACGGUGCAUAUUAG